AGAUAUUUAAAGACUACGGAGUAGAGAAUGCUGGGAUAUCAGAGCAGGACAGAAUCUGUGUGAAAGGCUGGUUUCCAGUCCUUUGAGCUUUCGUGUAUCAUCAACCGAUGUAAACUAGAUGUCAGAACAAGAGGCCUAACCGUGAUGUUUGAAAUCAUGAAAACAUACGGGAACACGUUUCUCCAACAUUGGUGGCGUGAUGUGUUUAAAGUCGUGUUUCGAAUUUUCGACAACAUGAAACUACCAGACAGACAGAUAGAUUGGCAGGAGAAAUCAGAAUGGAUGACAACAACUUGUAAUCACGCUCAAUCUGCUAUCAUCGAUGUUUUUACUCAGUAUUUUCAUAUUCUUGCUGAAAUUUUUCUUGAUGAUAUGUAUGGCCAUCUAGAGUGGUGUGUUAAACAAGAUAACGAGCAGUUAGCGAGGUCUGGUACCAAUUGUUUGGAAAAUCUCGUCAUAUCCAUUGGCAACACGUUCUCCGAAGACGUCUGGGAAAAACAUGUCAAUGUGUAAAGACGAUAUUUGAAUCAACCGUACCUCACGAACUAUUGAAAUGGAGACCCGCUGAC